AGGCCUCAGCAGCUUCUUCUGAGCUGACUGACCCAGAUUGUCCCACAGGGCUUUGACUUAAAGAUGAGUUCACCUCUGUCCACGCUGAAGAAAACGAGACGCGCUCCCCUGCAGGGCCACAGUGAGCAAUGGGUUAAAGAUGAGUUCACCUCUGACCAUGCUGAAGAAAAUGAAACGCGCUCCCCUGCAGGGCCACAGUGAACAAUGGAGCAGAGGAAAACUGCCUUUCAGGAGGAAUCUGUUAAAAGAGAUUCAGUCAGAGCUUGUGGAUGAUGAUGAUGAUUCAUCUGAUCCAGAUCCUCCCAAACCCUGUCACAAUCCAGCCGCCACAAAACCAAAAGCCCCAUUGAAGAAAGGUGCUCCACCGAGCGACCUUGAGCUCAUGUCUGCCAUGAUGCAGCGGGUGACCCUGCUGGAGAAACAAGUGAGGGGCCAAGCCCAGGAGCUGGAACACAAGGAUAAAAAGAUCUCAGUUUUGGAGGAGAAGCUGCGGGAUCAGAACGAAUCAGAGCGAGGUCGUGAUCCUGCAGAGCGUGGCAGAGAUGAUCUUGAAAGAAGGUGCCAAGAACUGCAGAAUCAAGUGCACGAAAUGGAGAGCUUUCUAAAAGACUAUGGUUUGACCUGGGUGGGGGAUGGAGAGAGCAGUGAUUCAGCCGAGUGUACGCAGACGCACAGCUCAGGCACAUCUGGGGUCAGGGAUUUCCACAUGAACUUCAACCUCGUGCUGCAGAGGAUCAAGGAGCUGAACAUCCUCGCAGGGGAGGGGGAGUCUUAUGUGCGGUCGACAGCCACAGGGGCCCAGCUCGCACGAAAGGAUCCUGUCCACCUGAGGCUGUACAGCAACGGCAUCGUCAUGUUCGAUGGUCCUUUCCGCUCAUAUCAGGAGCACAGCACCCAGCAGUGCAUGCAGGAUCUGAUGGACGGGUAUUUUCCAUCUGAGCUUCAGGACCGAUUUCCAGACGGGGUUCCCUUUCAGCUUCACGACAGGCGAGAUGAAGAGUUUAUCUUCAGGCCAGCGUGGGAUCAAUUCCCUGGCAACGGACGGGCUGUUUAUGGGGAGAAAGAUGAUGCUUCAAAUGUUGCCAGCUUUAAAACUCAAGGUCUUUUUUUGGAAAACAUCACUGUGAUACUCCCCCCCCAAAAAAAAAUCAAGCCUGAAAUCCCUCCUUUCAUUCUUAUGUUUUUUUCUUUCUUCUGGUUCUCAGGGAGGAAACUGACCACGGAUCAGUUCCUGAGCAGGAUGCCCAAGGUGGUGGUUAAGGCCGGUCGAGUGAUAGAUAUCAGGGAAUCACUGAGAGCAACCCUGCAGGGUUCAUCUGCUGCCCAGAGCAGCGACUCAGCGAUCCUCAUAGACACAGCAGCACUGCAGGCGAUGGAACAGAGACUGCAGGCGUCCAGCUCUGACCGGCCAUCGUCAGCCCAUGACAUCAUCACGCUCAAGGUGAAGGCCGAGGAUGGGGAUCAUACUUACGUGUUGACGAUGGGCUUCUCGGAGACAAUCGGCCACCUGCGACAGUACCUGGACAAACACAGAGGUGGUGGGCUCCCUGGUUAUGACAUCAUCAGUGCGUACCCACAGUGCUGCUAUGAAGACAACAGCAGGACGCUACAAUCGUGCGGCCUCACGACUAAUGCUACCCUGCUGCUAAGAAGGAGACAACACCCUCAGCCACUGACUGCAGUCAAACAAAUCCACCUAUAAACUAUUGUGUAUGACUUGUUUUCUCUUUCAUAACAGGCGUGUCGUCAUGGGAACAUAACAGAUGUAAGAAAUAUUAUUGACGAUGGCUCUAUUCCAUUCAAGUGCUCAAGACCAGGGCCCUGAAACUGAAGCUGCUAAAUGGAAUUGAGCCAUCAAUGAUCUUAUUAUUUACACAUGCUUUUCCUAUUGUGUCAAAAUGACUUCACUGAAAAGAUUUGGAUGCAUUUUGUUCUCUAAAUUUAAAAACCUAUCACACAAUUCUAUCUUACACCAGGGGAUAACAAUUAAAUCAAAUACAUUUGAAAGAACAAGAAAAGUUGAAAGUCUUUAUUUCUAAAAUAUGCAAAUACAAACAAGGACCAAAGUAUGAAAAUAUAAACAUCUUUUUCCCUUUCGCAAAACAUUUGAGAUGUUAAGUUAAGGCAUGCGGAACCUGACUUUUCCAAAAAGCAAUUUUGUGCUACUCGAGUUUCAAGGUCCCAUGAAAUGAAAAAAAAACAAAAAUGGCUUGUGUGUCCCUGGGUGCGUCGUUCUGUAUACUUUGCCAAAAAGUCAUCAUUGCAUAUGUUUGUACUAAAAUCCCCUUCUCUUCC